AUGGCACCUGUAGCUGAGAUGCAGGCUCGUAUGCCAGUUGAUGCCUUGUCGAGCAAAGAUGUGGACGCUGUUCAAGCUUCUGCAGCUGCAGCUGUGGUAUCCAGCGCAGCGGCCCCAGAGACGAUUGCCAAGAUGUUGCCAGAUACGAUUCCAGAGAAUGCACCGGAACAUUGUCCAGGAACGGAUUCGGAUCAAGCAGGCAAAGCGUCCGCAUGUCAAGGAUGCGCCAAUCAGAGCAUCUGCUCCACCGCUCCCAAAGGUCCGGAUCCCGAUUUGCCGCGAAUCGGGGAGAGGAUGAAGGGUGUGAGGAAUAAGAUUUUGGUCAUGAGCGGCAAGGGAGGCGUCGGGAAGAGCACCUUCACUUCCAUGUUGGCUUGGGCUUGCGCUAGCGAUGCUGAGAAACAGGUGAGUGAGUGA